CUCCCAUGAUGCCUGAGUCACGUGCCUCUAGAUUAACUGAAGGUCGUGAGGGAGAAGCAACCUUUUUGUGACCGGGGUUAUAUUUCGGCCGUUAUGCUGAUUAGCAGCGUUCGUCGUUUCGGCACCUCCGCCCUUCGGCGGAUGCAUUACGAGGAAGGGCCGGGAAAGAAUCUCCCAUUCUCUGUUGACAACAAAUGGAAAUUGUUAUUCGGAACCUUUAUCUUUACCCUAACUGGUAUUGGUGGUCCCUGUUUUAUUGUAAGGCAUCAGCUGCUUAAGCAGUGAAUAUGUUAUAACGGGAUUGAGAAGAAAAAACAGAAGGAAAGUUAAAACUAAGCACUCUACAUAUAGUUAUAAAUAAAAAAAAAUAUCUGAAACUACAA